AUGGCGCCCAUGAAAUCACCGAAACAAAACCAUAGUAGUAGUAAUUAUGGCGAGGGCAUUGUCCGCCAGGCCAAUAUCCUCGCCAGCUGCUAUGGGCCGAGUGGUAUUCCUGAGGUCCCUUCGACGGGACUUCCAUCGCCGCCAUCAAGCCCCCCCCUCGCGGCACUCACGACGACCAACCAGCUCGCGCUGACCCCCAAGGCGAGGUCAUCAUCCACGCGCGGACACAGCGUUGGUCGUCGUAGCUCGGCUGCUGCUGCUGCUGCUCAUGACAGCAGCGCCUGGCAUCACCGCCGAGGGGGGGCAACACUGCGCAUCAGGGAAGAAUGUGAGAGGUUCUUUUGCGAGACGUUGCGCGCCAUGCUUCUGGGUGAGAGGAACGCGGCGCUGCACGGCUCGGGCCUGGCCAGUGUUUACAACAACAGCAACAACCAUGACAACAUCACCGACAACAACACCAGCUACAUGAGCCACCACGGCCAGCUGACGCCGCCGGACGAGUUCCCCAUCGCGGAUGAAACUGCCAUGGGACGUCGCGGCUUUGGCGCCCGUGGUGGCGUGCUCGGCUGGUUGGAAAUCUGGGACUAUGCCGGCGGCUCAAGCUUCCGCGGCUUCGUCGCCGAGGAUACUAGCCGUGAGACCAAAUCGUUGUUUGUCUUUUUUGAUGCUCACUCCAUCACCCGCGAUCUGAAGCAAGCACUUGUCGCUUUGAUCGAGUUGGCCGAGGGUCCGCUGGCUUGCUCGCAUAUGGUCAUCUGCAUCGAGCGGUCCAUUCCCGAGGAGGAAGGGAAGGGCUUGACCAAGGGACUCCAGUGGGCCGGCUUUUCGCUCACUACCCUGGAUUUCUGGGCUCCUGGCUUGGACGUUUUGAGCAACCGAUGGCUAUUCAUGGGGAUGGAGGUUUAA